UCUAAAUUGAUUGUGGUCUAGGUCUGGAAUAAUUUAACCCUUCUUAUUUGAGAGAGAGAUAGAGAGUGGGGUUUAAGGAGAGAGGGGUUUUAGAUCGGCAGCCAUGGCAGCGCUUUCACAAGCAAACCCUAGCUCCAUCUCCACCGCAUCCACCCACCCGACAUCUCCUUCAAAUUCACCCCAAACUGAUCUACCCAAACUCGAAUCCGAUCCCGCGCCCCACCCCGAAGCCCCAAUUCGAGAAUCCCCUGUUCCACCGAAACCAGAGGAAAAUUCCCCAAUUGAGAAAUUGUCGGACGAUUCGACCAAAGAAGGGAUCGGCGGCGAUGGAGUAGGAGAGGAGGAGGAAGAAGAAGGCGAGUGCGGAUUCUGCUUGUUCAUGAAAGCGGGCGGGUGCAGAGAGACUUUCACGGAUUGGGAGAAGUGCGUGGAGGAAGGGGAGAAGAACAAAGAGGAUAUUGUGGAGAAAUGCGUUGAGGCGACUUCGGCGUUGAGGAAGUGUAUGGAGGCGCAUUCCGAUUACUAUGCACCACUGCUCGAUGUGGAGGAGGCGGUGAUGAAGCAGCUUGAGGAGGAAGAGAAAUCGGAUGAUUCUGACAAGAAGGAAUCGCCUUGAUUUUACUCUGAUACGGUACCCGUUCUUGAAAAAUGCCGUUUUGGCAACCAAACCCGAUCCCGAAAUUGCGAAUCAGAUAGAUACCCUAUUACCCGAGUCAGGAUACCCAACUUCAGUGGGAAUCAUGUAUACACAAUAAUACAA